AUGAGCGACGAGGAAAUGGAGCAAGACGGAGAACAGGUCGGGUUUCUUUCCGAUCCAAGAAUACAAAGUGAACCACCGCUUCUGAGCGAGAGCGCCGCUAUUACAAAGGCUUGUGAUGAAGCCCUCAGUAACAAUAUUAGGAAUCUGUCUGGACCCAAAAGGGCAGCCAUUUUGAAUGCGGUGGAGGCUGCCGUGACAGCUGUGAGGGAUGAGGUAGAGAGACCCCACAGCGAAAUAAGAGAUCUAAAAGAGUUUCUGUCGGAAAGCGGGCUAUCCGUUCCACAACUACGGUCAGUGUUGCAGGAGGCAGAGAUUAACCUGGGGCUAAUCGAUACAUUGGCCGGGGUGAUGAAGUGUGGACGGGCUCACCUAGCUGAUGCGGUGAUAAGCCUACAGCAGGAAAGAGAUCACUUGACACAUAAAGUGACGCUUUUGCAGGAACAAGUCAAGAGAUACAGUCAGCCGAGAGCGACGGUUGAAGAGCGCCCAGAAGAAGCGCAAGGUAAGACGUUUUCUUGGCGGAAGCUCAGUGAACGAUUGAUAUCGUCCAUCGAACAUAAAGACGGACUGAAUAUGCAGGUGCCCGGCGAAUCUCAUGGGAAGACAGAUGGACAGUGGAAGCACCCGAGUCAGGACUUGCAAGGAGGAUUGCAAGAUGGUGCGAGAAAAUAUUCCCUGUCCGAGAAGACGAAUUGGAAUGAUUCCUACCACAUGUUAACCGCACUCGAAGCUCCCAAUGGUAUGGUUUACCAAUCAGUACGUAACGCGGCACUGAGACUUGAGCGAGGGCGCGAGGCACUCCGGGCAAAGCUGCAAUCACAAAAAGGUCAGAGACAGGACCAAAUUGAUCCCAGUAAGCAUAGGGGGCAUGGUAAAGCUGAUACUGGAGAGGUGAUGCCAGGAGACGGAACAAGUGGGAAAAAUGUCCCUGGGAGGAAAACUAAAUGCUUCAGGUGCGGAGAAAUGGGACACUAUGCGAGAAAUUGCCCAAAUGCUAACGCCCAGGUGUCAUCCCCACGCAGCCGACGACAGACAAAAGCGGAAAUCAAACGAGUGCAGAUGCUCGGCAUGACGGUAGAUGCUAUGAUCGAUACGGGAUCAGUAGUGUCCAUAGUCCCCCUUGGUCUAUUGUUGGAAGCGAAAAAGAAAAUGAUCGAUUUGGACAAGCUAGUGACCAUAAUGGGAGAUGGUAAUUCUCAAAAAGUCAUGGACGCCUCCGGAAACACUAUGAGCUUUCUUAUGCUCAUAGCCACAGAGGUCAAUGUACAGGGAGCAGGUCAAGCUUGCGUACAGCUGCACAUUCAAAAAAGUAAUACUGACGCGGAUGAGUGCAUUUUCUGGUCCAGCAACAGUCGAAUCUCCUCAGGUGUGUUAAAGGUAUCACAUGGCGAAGCACUAGUGUCUGUUAGGAACAGCACUAUGGAGCCGUGGGUUAUUCGUGAAGGAGAAACACUCGGCAAAUGGGGUGAAGAGGAAUGGCACGAUCCCAGGACCCGAGACCUUCCUGGAGAUAUGCUAGAGUUGUCCCGCAAUCUCCCCCGAAUAGAGGCUAAUCGGACUGGUGACCUUUUAGCAAUACUAAAUAGCAAUCACAAGGCGGGACAACUCCCGGAAGAAUUAGCAACACUCAUAGCUGAGUAUGAGGACGUAUUCGCCAUAUCUGACUUGGAGCUCACCCAGACGGAUCUGGUACAUCACAGCAUCGAUGUAGGAGAAUUCUAUAGAAUUCUUGGGCCAUGCAGUGGAUCAGGACGGACUGCGAACAGACCCCGGAAAAAUCGAGAAAAUUCGCGAAUACCCGCAGCCAAGAAAUUUAGCGCAACUGAGAACCUUCCUUGGGAUGACAGGCUACUACCGAAAAUUCAUUUUUCGGGAUGCAGGCCAAGAUUUUCCACAGGACACCAAAACUGCGAGCCUCAUCCUCGUCGUACAAAUGAAGAUCCGUACGACCUGCCAAGUCUGUUCGAUUACGCAUGCAGUUGGGCGCAGGCCCAUCCAUGGAGCGAAGACUUGUGGAAAAGUUUACCACCGAAAAAGUCCUUGGUUCUGUUACCAUUCGAGUUCAAAGAACACGUUUACUCGAUACAGUCGCACUGUCAACUGGUACAUGUAUAUUCGAAACCGGAUGACGUGCAGGAAAGCUGGUGUCAAGAUGAAUAUUCCGCCGUCGUACUUUUCAGCCCUUCGAAGGCCUUUGAUAGCGGAGCGUGGGCCAAAGCAUGGCAACUUAUACUUGCAAUGAUUUCGGACGGAAUCGAACUUUUCGUCUUGGGAUGCCCCCGAGACAGCAGACAGUGGCCGAAAGCAAUUGAUGGAUUACGAGAUAUGUGCGAGGAAACCGUUGCACAACGGCCGAAGUUGCAGAGUAGAAUCAAAUGUUUGUUGAUGACAAAAAGUGAAGAAACUCUCGCACUACAUCCAUGUAACGUCAUUACAGAGAACACAGGAAUGCGCUCUUACCCGCCAAGUGCGGUCAAGAAGUUCUACGAAGCCACACGCGCGUUCUGUAUAGCGCAUAUAAGGCUCACGCCAUACUAUGAAAUACGGACAAAAGAAGAAGCUCAAAGAAAUAAACCGUGUCUUAUGAAGGAGGACAAUGGGCAAGAAGAGAGGUACUAUCAGCACGGAAGACCACCCCCGCGAUUCUGCCCGAAGAAAUGCGGAUUCAAGAAACCAUACUUCCGGAGCCACGACCCUCCAAUGAGAUACAGACGUCCGAGUUCUGGAAACUAUCGCGGGCCUAACCCUAGGAAUGUCGGCGAACGGUGGCCCCACCCGAGAAAGAAUUUCUACAGAGGCUGA